UGGUAUCGUCCAAACAUGGCAGCCUCCGUGUUUAAGCCGUGUGUGACAGCGGCAGUCAAAGUUAAAUGUUUAUCUCCUUCUUUUUUGGCCCGGAGAUGGUUACUCUCAGCAGCUUAUUCAGACACCAAACUGUGGGAGACAAGAAGGAUAGAGCGUCAGAGCCUGGCUGCACUGGCAAACAACAUGGAGCAGACAUAUGAGAGGAAACUUCCUGUUAGCUCUCUAGAUAUAUCUCGGUUUGUGGACAACAUUUCAUCUCGGGUGGAAGUUGAUCAAGCAGAGUAUUACCUUUACAGGUUUCGUCACAGUCCGAAUUGUUGGUAUCUGAGGGACUGGACCAUUCACGACUGGAUCAGGCAGUGUCUGAAAUAUGGUGCGAGGGACAAGGCUCUGCACACUCUUAAAAAUAAGGUCCAGUAUGGAAUAUUCCCAGAUAAUUUCACCUUCAACCUGCUCAUAGAUUCUUUCAUUAAAGAUGGAGACUUUAAAGGUGCGUGCUCUGUUGUUGAAGAGGUGAUGCUUCAGGAGGCCUUUGACGCUCCCUCCAUACAGAUCCUGUCUCUGUACGCUCUGGGCAGUUACCUAGCAACAAGACCACAACUCACUGUGUCAGCAGAGCGAGCUCUGGGAGCAUCUCUGCUCAUCUGUGGACUGAAACAGGACAACACUAUCGGCCUCAGCACUCAGCUACUAGGAAAUGCCCUCUUAGGUAAAGUGGAGAUGUCAAAGGGCAUACAUGCCGUGUUCAAAGGGAUGCCUCUCUUCUGGGGUCAUGGGUAUCUGAGCCGAGCGUUGGCGGUCAUGGAGGGAGUGGCUGCUUCUUCUUCUGGUGAUAUCAAGCUGACCAAAGACACACUCGACUCUGUGAAUAAUUUGCUCAAGGAGCUCUCCUCUACCUCAGACACGGACUCAUCUGGAGAGGAGUCAGCAGGUGAAGAGGAUGAAAAGAAAGAAGAGGUGGACGAAGACGAUCAAGCCGAGAAAGAUAAACUACCGCAAUAUGCCAGCAGAUUCAAGGAGCUGAGGAGCCAGCUGGAGUCUCAGGGUAAAGUGGACUCUGCCUCCUUUCAGGCUUUAGUGAGUGCUCUGGCCCAGCAGAAGCUGGCGGCUGCAGAGAAAGUGGACUUGGAGCAGUAUGAGCGGCGACUGCAGGACUGGGAGGCAGAGAAGAGGCGGCUGAUCCAGAGAGAGAAGGAGAUGAGGGAGAGGGUAGAACAGGAGAAACAGAAGCAGUUAGCUGCCCGGACUGCAGCUCAGGCUGCAGCUCAACAGGCGUAGAGACUCUGAAACAAGAUAAAAGAAAUGUCUUUUCAGUAUGUACAUUAUAACUCUAGACAAGAGUUUAAGGUCUCUCAAUCUGUGAAAUAUCCAUGUUGUUACCAUUCAGUCUGCUUAUUUCACCAGUUUAUUUUGAAUGAUGUAUGUGUUUAUGUGGUGUUUUGCUCUGUUUUUAUAAAAUUAAAUAAGGCAGAUGAUAAAAACUUCAUUGUCAUUUCAUUCAGGAAUAAAAUGCAUUACUUGUUUUUCAUUGA